AUGACUGAGGUCGGCCACCCCGAUCUUUCGAGGCUGCUUCAAUCCAAGCGCAAUGAAUGCAGUGCAAUCGUGACGUCGCGGAAGCGGAAGCUGCGCGAACUCUUCGCGGUCGCGACACACGCCGACAGCCUACCCGACGAUGCCUUUGCGAAUCCAGACGCGCCAGCGGCCACCGCCGCCGAAUGGCAAUUCCUGCAAGCAAGCGACAUCUUACAAGGCAAGACGUUGAACGAAUCAAAUAUCCCUGCGAGACCAAGUCCAUCGCUGGACAAGUUCAACCGAUCGAUCGCCCGCAUCGCGAACCCCGCUUCCAGUCGUCCAUCGCAAACCCCUGCCGCCGUCGUGGUGCAAAAGGAGUCGUCAGGAGUCCAGGGUCAGACUCCAAGUUCCAAUGCUGCUGUUGGAAAGCAGGGAGUAGCGUCUCCCGCCACAGCGCCGACGGCACCCCCGACGGGCCCCACGAAACCAUCGCGAGCAGCCAAGCUGCAGCAGGCGCAGCAUUCGAUCCCCAACUUGCCGUCGCCCGCCCGGCAGGCUACUGCGAGCCAAACUCUUAGUUCUCAACACGAGCUAGCAAAGGAAAAGAGCAGCCGUGGACCGACAAAGGCACCGGCAGGCAACGAGAACGGCCUUCCAGAGCAGGCAGAGUGCACCCAACACCUUGAGCAGGCAACACCCGCCGUCGAACCGAAACCUCCCUCCUUGACGAAUGUGUCCAGAGAGGCGAUUGCGCUGCCUGGGUCUCGCAGUCACUUGGCAGCUGCGUCGGAUAAUACGUCCUCUCUGGAGGGGAAACUCGUUGCCGACGCAUCCAAGAUUCCGGAGGCAGCGUCGACCCCGGCCUCGACUGCCGCAAGUGCUACGACACCAGCCGUUCACGAUGUAUCGACGGAUACGAGUCCAGACAACGAGGACCCGCUCCCGUUGGAUUCAACAGAGAAGCAACGACGUCGGCCGAGCAACGUUGCCCAGAGCCCCGAGGCCGGGGUGGAUGGGCACGAUCAAGCGCCCAGCGCCGAGGCCCAGUUGCUGCGUGAAGCCGUUCAGUCCAAGCCGACGCCCCAAGUAUCGAUUCCAGCUCCCGCCCCCGAUUCCGACGCACCAAAACCUGCGCCCCCUCUCACCAUCGCUCAAGCACAGGUCGGGGGGGCUCAUGGCUCUGCGGGGCCACGCACCUCGUCCCCAAGUCCUCAUUCCCAGGCCCAGGCCCCCGUGACGGAAGUGCCGGAUAGUCAAGGCGGGACGCCGGAUGCCAUGGAUGUGGACGCCGAUGUGGGCCAGGCAGGGCCGGACAAGAAGCCGGAACAAAAGGUCCUGGCCUCUCGUGAACCUAACCUGCCGACCCAGAAUGCGAUGCCCUCUCCCACGCAGAAGCAAGCGUCACUGGAUCAACCACAAGCACGGAUUGCGGAGCGAGCUGUUACCAGGGUGUCAUCCGGCGCCAUGCGACCAAAGUCCGUCAGCGAUAUUGUGGGAAGCACGGCGCGCACAACUGCGAACGACAACGAUCGGGAUGCCGUCUCCAAAUCCGAUCAUGACCAGCUCACGCCCGUCACGUCCACCCCGCAGUCACCGGCCUCCAGGCCCAAGAACAACGUGGCCGCGCGAAAGGAUCGAGCCAGGGGCCACGGUUCGACCGUCAUAUUCGGCAAGCAUCCGAAGCGUGUCGACGAGACGGUGCUGGCCACGGGUCACAAGGAGUCGACGAUUCAACCUUCCGAAGACUACUACACGCCCCUAUUUGUCCAGAACUUCGUCGGAUCCUCCAACUGGAUGCAACCUCUCGAGCGAGUUCUCUUCCAAGCCAACAAGACCAUCUCCACGCCCGACGCCCACUUCGUCAUUCAAGACCACCAAGCCUGUCGAGUGCUCCGGCGGGUCUACCACCUGCAGCAGCAUGACAAGUGGUCGUUGCGGCAGCCGAAGCGCUGCCCGGAGCCGACCAGGCCGCCUUCGCAAUGGGAUGUUCUGCUGCAGGAGAUGAAGUGGAUGCGGACCGAUUUCCGCGAGGAGCGCAAGUGGAAGAGGACCGUUUCGCGGAAUCUGGCCCAUGCGUGCGCGGCAUGGCACGCGGCCACUGCGGAGGAACGGAAGCUUCUCCAGGUUCCGGCCGUGAUCCCUCCGACAGCAGAGGUCGACGUAUCCAUGGCCGACGCGGAUGAAGAUGCCGCAGAGAACCAGUCGAUGCCGGAUCUCAUGCCGUCGGGUGACGUCGAAUCGCCCCAAAACGAGGAUGACAUUGUCGAGGGCUUCGUCGACACGGUAGCCCCCUCUGCAAUAUUCGCUCUGCAGGACGACGACGUUGUCUUUGGGCUCCGGAGAACGCCUGCCGGCGACAAGCUGUUGGAAGAGCUACCCCUGUAUGGGUCUCCUCUCAAGGUUCCCAAGUUCGACAUGAGCGGUCCCGAGUACGACCCUGACGCGCAUUGGCGUCGCCCUGCCCUACCCCUGAGCAGGUACGUCGAGGGCGACAUGAAGCUCAUGCAGCCUGGGCCUCGACGAAAGCGCAGCCGGUUCAGCUACCACAACGAGGAUUCCGAUGGCGAUCAGGACGGCGACUUUGGCGGCUCGCUGGCGGUGCACAGCGUUCAGGUGCCACCCGUCACGGACGAGGUGUCGCUCUUCCAUUCCGAUUCGAAGCACAUUCGCGACCGCCUCCACGCGGGCCACCAGUUCCGCCCCCCGUCAGAGCAUGCGAUGCCGAACCAAGGAUUCUACGAGUCGCGAAGUCCGUCGCAGUGGACGAUGGCCGAAGACGACGAGCUCCGCGGCCUCGUGAGGGAGCACUCGUACAACUGGUCUCUCAUCUCGAGCAUGCUCUGCCCCAAGUCCUUCUUCGUCGCCGGCGCAGAGAGGCGGACGCCUUGGGAGUGCUUCGAGCGAUGGAUCAACCUCGAGGGCCUGCCGGCGGACAUGCAGAAGACGCAAUACUUCAAGGCCUACAACAGCAGGAUCGAGACGGCGCAAAGGGUCAUCGCCCAGCAGAACCAGCUGGCCGCUCAGCAAGCCAGCGCGUCCGGAGGAGCCAUCACGCCGGUGCGACGGAGGCCGUCGGUGCCCCUUAGGGUGGAGAAGCGACGCAACCAGAAGCACCUGACCAUGUUCGACGCCAUGAGGAAGCUUGCCAAGAAGCGAGAGACGGCAGCGCAGAAGCAGCAGCAUUCGGCAUCCCAGAGCGCUGCGAGCAAGAAACCGAACGAUGCCGUCGCUCACAGGCCGGCCAAGACGCCGCGGGACUACAGCUUGAUGCGAUGGGAACGAGAUCAGGCUCUUGCGGACAAGAUGGCGCAGUAUGCGAUGCGCGAGGCGCAGAGACGAGCCGCCACGCAGGCCAGGGCGCAGGGUCAGGGCCAAGCGCAAGCGCAAGCGCAAGCGCAAGCGCAGGCCCAGGCCCAGGCUCAGGCUCAGGCUCAGGCUCAGGCUCAGGCUCAGGCGCAAGCACAGGCUCAGGCUCAGGCUCAGGCUCAGGCUCAGGCUCAGGCUCAGGCUCAGGCUCAGGCUCAGGCUCAGGCCCAGGCGCAAGCCCAGGCUCAGGCUCAGGCCCAGGCGCAAGCCCAAGGCCAGGUUCAAGGCCAAGUCGCAAUGCAAGGCCAAGUCCCAGGGCCAGUACAAGCUGCUUCGAUUCAGGGCGCGCUGGCGACCGGAGUGCCUGGACAAAACGGGACACACGUUGCCGGAAAUGCCAACGUGAACGGCGUCGGCCGUCCCAUGUCAAGCCAGCUCGCCGCCGCAGUGGCCGCUAGCCAAGGACGUCAACGGAUGCCCAUGCAAGCUCCCGCCAACGCCGCUGGAGUGGUGCACGCGCAGAUGAACGGCGGCCUGUCGGCUCCGGCCCAGAUGAACGGGAUGCCCCAGGCCUCGAUGCAGGCCAUGCAGGCUCGACACGGGAUGCCGAACCCUAAUCAGGUGCCGAAUAACACGGUGAUGAUGCAGCGUGCCCAGAUGAUCUCGGACCAGCAGCGGGCUGCUGUCGUUCAAGCGCAGCAGCAGCAGCAGCAGCAGCAGGCGCAAGCCGCUUCCGCAACCCCUGGGGGGGCUGCAGUACAGCAUCUCACGCCUCCCUUGCGCAAUGGAGUCAACGGGCUUAACCAGCAGAACUUCAUGAAUAACGCGCAGGCGAUGAUGGCCUCGUACGGCACGGCUGCGACGCCUGUGGCGAACGGUGCCCACGUGUCGCCGCCAGCCAACGGCCUGCACAUGCCGUCGGCGGCCAGCCCGACUCCUGGGCAGCGGAUGCACUCCCAACUGCCUCCGAGCAUCACCGCGCAGCUCAAUCACAUCGAGCAGAACUUCAGGGCCAAGAACCCGAAUCUGACACCGGAGCAAGCGCGUCAGAUGGCGACGGAGCACCUCACGCGAGCCAUGAUGGCGCAGCGGCAGAACGCCAUGAACGCCGCUGCGGGCGCGGCAGGUCAGGCCGGUAUCGCUAACAGCAUGGCGGCGACGACGAGUCCGCAUCAGUAUGCGGCCCUUCUCAGGCAACAGCAGCAGCAGCAGGCGGCGCAGCAGCAUCAGCAGCAGCAACACCAGCAGCACCAGCUUCAGCAGCAACACCAGCAACAAGGGGGGCAGCCUCAGGCGAAGCAGCAGCAGCAGCGUCACAACGCUUACGAGUCUACUCCCGUCGCGUCGACCGGCACCCCAACCGCUGCGUCGGCGAGCCCACCGGUGCAGAUUCACCAACGGGCGGCAAGCGGCAGUGCGACUCCAUCCGCUACAGGCAAGUAG